CACUACUUCUGAACGAACGCAACUUUUCUUUUUCAAUACUAGUUAUUACUAAGAAAUAUUUAGAAGAUUUAUUUGAGUCAGGUUACUUAUUUACAUCUUUUCUUCAGAUUUGGUAGAGAAUAAAGAAUUUGCAAAAUAAAAUAAAAGAAUUACUACAAAAGAAAAAACAUGUCUUCUCCAUUCCCACAAGUUGCUGAUAAACUCAAGGGUGUUCAAAUCCUUGCUCCAAUUCCAGACCGUGCUAAGCAUAUUUUCAAUGCCGAAGCUCUUGGACUUGUAGCUACCUUGCACCGUUCUUUUAACGGUGAAAGAAAGCGUCUCCUUGCAAACAGAAAGGAACAACAAAAACUUAGAGACCAAGGUGUUCUUCCAGACUUCCUUCCAGAAACCAAGCAUAUCAGAGAAGACCCAACUUGGACUGGUCCACCUCUUGCUAAGGGUCUCCAAGACAGAAGAUGUGAAAUUACUGGUCCAACUGACAGAAAAAUGGUCAUUAAUGCUUUGAACUCUCAAGUUGCCACCUAUAUGGCUGAUUUUGAAGAUUCUUUGACCCCUGCUUGGGCUAACUUGGUUGACGGGCAAGUUAACUUGUACGAUGGUGUUAGAAGAAACCUUGAGUACACCACAAAUGGUAAGUCUUACAAGUUGAACCUUGACCCAAAGAGACAUAUUCCAACUCUUAUUGUCAGACCAAGAGGAUGGCACUUGGAAGAAAAGCAUGUACUUGUUGAUGGUGAACCAGUUUCUGGUGGUAUUUUUGACUUUGCUCUUUACUUCUACAACAAUGCUCAUGAAUCUCUUGCUAGAGGUUUCGGUCCAUACUUUUACCUUCCAAAGAUGGAACAUCAUCUUGAAGCCAAGCUCUGGAACGAUAUUUUCAACUACUCUCAAGAUUACAUUGGACUUCAAAGAGGUACUAUUAGAGGUUCCGUUCUUAUUGAAACUUUACCAGCUGCCUUCCAAAUGGAUGAAAUUAUCUACCAAUUAAGACAACACAUUGGUGGUCUUAACUGUGGUAGAUGGGAUUACAUUUUCUCAUACAUCAAGUCCUUGAGAAACCACCCUGAAUUUGUUUUACCAGACAGAGGUCAAAUCACCAUGUCUGCUCCAUUCAUGUCUUCUUAUGUGAAGUUGUUGGUUCACACUUGUCACAAGAGACAAGUUCAUGCCUUGGGUGGUAUGGCUGCUCAAAUUCCAAUUAAGGAUGAUAAGGAACGUAACAGAUUGGCUUUGGAAAACGUUGCCAAGGAUAAAUUGAGGGAAGUAUUGGCUGGUUGUGACUCUUGUUGGGUUGCUCAUCCUGCUUUGGUCCCAGUUGUCUUGAAGGUUUUCAAUGAAAACAUGAAGGGUCCAAAUCAAAUUAAUGUUCCACCAAGAACUCCAUACAAGCCAAUCACUGCUCGUGAUUUGUUGAGUCCAUAUGUUCCAGGUGCCAAGGUUACUGAACAAGGUAUUAGAACCAAUAUCAUUAUUGGAUUAUCUUACAUUGAAGCUUGGUUAAGAAACAUUGGAUGUGUUCCAAUUAACUAUUUGAUGGAAGAUGCUGCUACUGCUGAAGUUUCCAGAACCCAAAUCUGGCAAUGGGUUACUCAUGGUACCAAGACUGACACUGGUGUCACAGUUACUAAAGAAUUGGUUUCUAAGUUGUUAGGUGAAGAAGUUGCCAAAUUGCAAAAGGCUGCUACUCCAGGUAACAAAUUCAGCCAAGCCUUGGAAUACUUCAAGCCAGAAUCUUUGGGUGAAAAGUACUCUGAUUUCGUCACCACUUUACUUUAUGAUGAUGUGACUACCAUUGGUAGACCAAUUGCUGCUGACAAGUUGUAAGUAUGAUGAUGAUUUAUAGUAAAUGA